CCAGCCCCAAAUUUCAUAUCUUGCUGUACAAACAAAAUCUUGAACCCUAGAAAAGAGAAAAUCCAAGGAAAACAUCUCCGCCUGUGUAUUCUUUUUGUUACCUUUUCAUCUUUCCUUUAUAGAAAUUGCAGUAUGAUCACUCAUAAUUGAAAGAAUUUCUAAAUAUUGUUUUUCUUUUUCUAAUCUUCCUGUAACUUUUUCAUCUUCGUAUUAAGAUUUUGGUUCAGAUAUAAAGAAGGAAUCAAGAAAAGCCAUUAAAUAAAGAAACGUUUUUGGGGAAAGAUAUAAAAUUAUGGGUAGGGGAAGAGUAGAGUUGAAGCGAAUAGAGAACAAGAUCAACAGGCAGGUGACUUUUGCUAAAAGAAGAAAUGGACUUCUGAAGAAAGCUUAUGAGCUCUCUGUUCUUUGCGAUGCUGAAGUUGCUCUCAUCAUCUUCUCUAACCGCGGCAAGCUCUAUGAGUUCUGCAGCACCUCCAACAUGCUCAAGAUGCUUGAAAGGUACCAGAAAUGCACUUAUGGUUCAAUGGAAAUCGACAGAUCAGCCAACAAUGCUGAGCAAAACAGCUACAAGGAGUACAUGAAACUAAAGGCCAAAUACGAUUCCCUACAACAGUACCAAAGGCAAGUUUUUGGGGAGGACCUGGGGCCCCUUAGUCUCAAGGAGCUUGAACAACUAGAACGACAACUGGACUCUACUUUGAGACAAAUCCGGUCCAUAAGGACACAAUCAAUGCUUGAUCGGCUUUCCGAACUUCAAGUGAAGGAAAGGAUGUGGAUUGAAGCUAAUAAAGCUUUGCAGAAUAAGCUGGAAGAAGUGUAUGCAGAAAAUCAAGCAGGACCAUCAUGGGCGGCAGGUGAUCAUCAUCAAAACUGUUGUUCAUAUGAACAACAACAACAACAUGAUCAGCAUCCUCAAUCGCAGGAUUUCUUCCAGCCGUUAGAUUGUAACUCCAAUUUGCAAAUUGGGUUAUAUAACGAAGUUGGUCCAAGCCAUUUAACAGAUUCGACAAAUGGGCAGAAUCUGAAUGCAUUAGUCCCUGGAUGGAUGCUUUGACCUAAUUGAUCAUGAUAUGGUCAACCUUUAUCGUUUUUGGUGAUAUAAAUCUAUAAUAUAUAUUAUUAAUUUGAAUAAUCUUUUUUGUCUGAAUUUCGGGACUUAUACGAAAGGUUUGUAAGAAUCUUGCAUUAUAAAUUACACAAGAACAACCUACUUGUUGAUUACUAUCUCAACAGUAUAUAUGGUGGAUGAUGAUAGUUUUUGUUCCA